CAUGAAAUUUAUUUGUAGAUAUUAUCAGAUAAUAUCUAGAUCGUCUUACGUCACUGAUAGAUGGCAGUACUAGUAUAUAAAUUCUCUGUCCCGUCAAUAAGAGCACGGGUGAUUACACGUUAAUUUCAUCGAGUUGCGUAGGGGUGCUUGACGCUAUAUCGUCGCUCGUUCGCCGUCGACCAUCUGUUGUGAACUAUGACCACAGAUAUAUAUUAUUAUAUAUCUCAAUAUCUGUACUUAUGUGGUAUAUACUGAUACAGUGAUACCAUGGUCCAUGAAUGGUCCUUUGAUACGUCGUCCGUGUUCAAAAAGCAACAGUAUUAUAUUGUUUAUAUUAUAGGUGAUAGGUACCAAUCCAAUAUUUUCUACUAAUCUAGUGUUGGUUAGCUGUGGAGGUGCGCAGGCCGCCAUGUUAUAGUUUAAAAAAGGUUUUUAUAGUAGGGAGUUACCUAUACGCGUCCGUGGGCGUCCUACUCCACUCGGCAUACGUUAUGUUUUGUCUGUAGGUGUGCAUGUGUGUGAGUGAUACGUGUGCGUCCUGUGUGUGUGUGUGUGUGUGUGUUUGUUUUCUCGUUCAGACGGCGUCUAUCGAUCGAACUGGCGACGACGAUCAUUGCAAUUGAGUGCGGCGACAGGUGUUUGCUCAGCGACGACAAUUUCGAUCUCGUAUACAAUUUACUGUUGUGCUACUGUUUCUGUCGAUUUUCACCACUCGCUGUUGAAACGCUUGUCCAUUCAACGUUGAACUGUAAGGCAGUAUGGUAGCCUAGGCGGUUACGAAUAAUAACGAUAUUCCUGGUGGCAUCUGAUUUGGACUUGUGCAAUGUCGGUGGUGUGCCCGACAUUGUUGAAUCUUGUAGGAUCCCGUGUCAUACGUGGUCCCAGCUGGAAAUGGAACAAGCAGGAUGGAGGAGAAGGCUUUUUAGGAACAGUCAGGAGUUUUGAGUCUCACGAAGAAGUUGUCGUUGUUUGGGACAACGGAAUAGCAGCCAAUUAUAGAUGUUCCGGUCAAUAUGAUUUACGUGUUUACGACAGUGGACCAACUGGACACACUAAGCAUGAAGGAGUUGUGUGUAAUUCAUGUAAACAGACACCUAUCAUUGGACAUCGUUGGAAAUGCAUGAGCUGUCCUGGCAAUGAAGUUUCAAGUGAUAGUUCUGUCGAUUUAUGCUUUAUGUGUUAUCAUGGUGACAAACACAAUGUUCGACAUAGGUUUAUAUUGAUCCAACAUCCUAUACCAAAAGAAUUAUUAAAAGAUCCUCGAAGUCUCGGUGAAAAUCCAGUUGUAUUAGAUCAAAGGAAAAAAUCUAAGAAAAUAACAUUGCGUGGUAUAUUCCCUGGUUCACGUGUUGUGCGUGGUGUUGACUGGCAAUGGGAUGAUCAAGAUGGAGGAUCUGUUUGCCAGAAGGGUUUAAACAAUGCUGUCUCUCAAACAGUCGUUAAACGUGGAAAAGUGUGUGAAAUUCAAGACUGGUCUGCUAUGACAGGCAGUGUUCGCUCAGCCGCCUAUGUCCAAUGGGAUAUUAAUGGUAAUACGGCUGGGUGUGUCAAGAACUUGUACCGCGUCGGAUUUGAAGGAAUGUCGGACUUGAAAUGUGUGUCUCCAUCCAAAGGAUCUACAGCCGUGUACAGAGACCACCUGCCGUUGUUAGGCCAACACCAGCACCAACAGCGGAACGACCAGUAUAGGCAAGGAGCGCUAAGUUUAAAUCAUCUACACAACCAACUACAAUACCAACAGCUAGAGAUUGGUGAUCGGGUAAGAGUUGAUCUGGAAUUGGACGUUGUACGAGCUAUGCAACAAGAUCAUGGUGGAUGGACAGAAGGCAUGUAUGAAGAAUGUUUGGGAGGCGGAGUUAUAGAAAGUGCUUCUAUUGGAUCGGUAGUUGGUAUUGAUGAAGAUCAUGACGUCGUUGUUUUAUAUCCAAGUGGCAACAGAUGGACAUUUAACGCGGCCGUACUUACAAAAGUUGUUGGACUUAGUGAUAAUCCAGUGGCAGGCAGUUUUAAUUCAGCUGUAAGCUCAUCAUAUAAUGAACAUGUUAUCAGAGUAGGGUCAACUGUAAAGAUAUCUAGUGAUGUGGAAUUUGUUCGUCGAUUGCAAAAAGGCCAUGGAGAAUGGGCUGAUGCCAUGUCUAUGACUUUAGGCGAAGUUGGCUAUGUGCAACAAGUGUAUGAUGAUGGUGACCUCAAGAUAGUUGUAUGUAACACUUCGUGGACUUAUAAUCCACGAGCGGUUACUCUACUAAAUAAUAAUGGUACUGAAUAUGGCAAUGAAGGAUAUCGAAAUGAAACUCAAAACGAUAGACGACUAAGAUUAGCUCGUGAGAGAGAUUUAAGGGGACGUGAGCUGGUAACGUCGGCAGCAAAUGGCGAUGUCCAAAACUGUCGUAGGAUUUUGGAGAAGGAAAGACAAAGGAAUAUGAAUGAAAAGCCAACUGGUGAGCCACCAAUGACACUCGGCUAUGCUCUUACACCAAGACAAGCUGCAAUGUGCGUUAAUUACACGCGUCCACCCACAGCUGAGGAGUUGAUAUUGACAAACUUUGUGAGUAGCGGGCACACAUCUCUGCAGGCCGCUGCUCAAAAUGGUCAUGUUAAUGUUUGUCGAGUGUUAAUAGGAGAGUUUGGUGCAGAUGUCGAAUUUCAGGACAGAGAUGGCGAUCGUGCUAUUCAUCAUGCUGCAUUUGGUAACCAGCCACGAGUGGUGCAUGUGCUAUGUGUUGUUUUUGAUGCUGAUGUGAAUGCGCGUAAUAAACGAGGACAAACUCCUCUGCACAUCGCUGUUAACCGUGGGUAUGCUGACGUGUGCCGCAUUCUGUUGCGCCUCAACUGCUUACCUAACCUACAGGAUAACGAAGGUGACACACCACUACAUGAUGCCAUAUCUCGGAGACGCGAUGACCUUGUAGCCAUGUUGAUGGAAGGAGGAGGUGGAAGUAUUGUCACCUGUAAUAUACCUUCAAGUGCUGUGGCCACCAAUGUUUUGAGUGGAUGCGAACGUGCAUAUGACCGCUCAGCGCCUAAGAUUGGGCCAGUUCCUGAAUCUCAGACUUUGCUGAUGAAUAAUUCAAAUGCCAAUAUUGCUGCCAGUGCUUCUAUAACUCCUAAGGAUGACAAUGUUGCAAAUUCUACGACCGAAGUGGAAAAUGAAAAAAGUACAUUGUCAAUAAUGAGUGGUCAAGAAGAUGGUGCCGCUGGUUGUUCUGCUGCCACAGUAUGCUCUUCCUCUGAUGAAACAUCCAAAUCCAUGGACACAGGUGUAAGUGCUACCACAACUGCUGAUACAGACCUUGGAUUUCCAGCUAUUGGAUCACCGUCUGCUGAUCUCAUGGUGGUUAACACAAACGGUUUCAACCCGCUGCAGCACGCGGCACUACGUGGUAAUCCUGGAGCUACCGCCAUCAUGUUGGACUGGAUCGCCACAAAAGGCGGCCAUCGCUACUGGGUCGUGGAUGAGCCUAAGGACGAUGGAUACACCGCGCUGCAUUUGGCUGCUCUCAACAACCACAACCGUGUGGCGUCAUUGCUGCUGAUCCGUGGGCGUGCCGACCCAAACAAACGAAACGUCAACAAGCAAACAGCUCUUCACCUGGCCGUAGAACGCCAGCACGCAGAUAUCGUCAAGCUCCUAGUUCACCACUCCGCCGACCCGAACAUCCCCGAUAAAGACGGCGACACGCCCAUGCACGAGGCUUUGCGUCAUCACACGUUGCUACAGAUCAAGACGGUCGGCACACCACCCCCGCCUGGAGUGGGCUUGGGAAACAAUCCUAGGGAUCCCAACACAAAGUUCCGGUCAGACGGCGGUGGUGGCAUAUCGCUGCGGAAUAUUCUCGCCGGCAACAGGGUCAUACGUGAUUACCGGGAACUAUCAGACGAUUUUGAAAGCGGGUAUUCAGACGUCAGCCGCACUGUUACGAGCAAUCCAUGUCCCGUUGAACAGGCGAGGGAACUUUGGGCGGCCAAGGGUCCCGCGUACUUGGAAAUGUUCGCUUCGCCGGUGUCCUCGGUUCAAAGAUUGAUGGCUGAGCUCCUUGGGGCAGCCGAAGAGUUUAGACGUUUACGCACAAGUUCCAGCAGUGACAACGAAGCCGAUGACAAUAAAGACAGUGAACUUACAACAAUAGAUACCGCGCCCGGCUUGAACGAGCCACCCCUGAUCAAAACUAAUAAAUCGAAGAAAGUGAUUAACCGCCGUCGAAUAAAGAAAUCUCCAGUGCGAAUUAUUCGCCAGCAGACCGUUGACGAUCAAACUGGUCCGCGAUUGGCCGGAGAGGCACGUGCCGCUGCCCUGGUAGCCGCCAUGUCUCUCUCCGGUAAUGAUGGUAUUUCGGAUGAGGGUGUACGACCGGGACCAAGUUCCGAUCAUAACAUGGCCGGAGAAGAGCGUCCUGGUGUUCAAACUGCGGUGUCUGGACCUGGUAGAAAUAUUUUCGGACGGCCCGUGCGUGGCCCGGUAUCAAAAUCUGCACCCGCCUCCCCAAGCAAUGGAAAUGUGAUUCCGCCACCACCGAGUGCCACUGUAAUUGUUUGCGUGCUCGCCGGCACCGGUCGUGCUGAUUUAUGGUUGCGCAACAACCGUGGACAAACGCCGUUGGAUCUUUGCCCGGCCGACCAGCCUUUGCGCCUCGCUCUGAUCAAGUGCUGUGACGCGGCCGCUAAAGCUCACAACGUUCAAACUACUAAUACCACCGUCACCGCUGUGGGUGAAAUUGAUGGUUCCAGUGUACUGACUCUUUCCGAUGAGCGUCCACAGCAAUCCCAACUGAUGCUUCAUAGCAUGCCUCCAGACUACUCGAUCAAGGCGCCGUAUCACGAUGCGUACGCCCCAUUGAUGUCGAAAGAGCCAGACCCCCCAAAAGAGUGCUCCAAGACAUUUGCUACUCGAAGUGAUUCAGAAUCCCUUAAAAUUCCAUCAACAAUCGCAAAACGUUUUAUGAACGCUGGGCUUCCUCCCCCGCCGCCAACUAUGAUGAGACUAGAAGAUAAUACUCCGGCGGUGCUUUUGCAUGAGCCCGAGAUUUCCAGACUCGGUAUACCGAGUACUUCUAGUAGAAGAGUGGAUAACAACUUGAUAAGAAGGAUAGACGAUGACAUUGACAGUAAUGACCCGGGACCAGAUUUUAUGGACGACCACAGUACUUUAAACAUCGCUAGUAAUGCUAACAGCUGCAUAGUGAUUGAUAAUUCUAAUAAUAGCAGAGCGCCUACUGAACGCGAUAAUAUGGACAUAGCUGCUGGGGGAAGCAACAAUACCAAACCUUCCACUUCAUGUGAUCUAUCGGUUAUAAAUAACACAAUGUCCCGGUCACGAGACAAGCGAACUAAUGAGUUGGAACAGGAGAAGAUUGACAUUGCAAACGCUCCAGUACCAGGAGAACGGCAAAACUCUCCCAUGGAUGUGGCGGCGGCAAACCCUCCCGAUGUUCUGGAGCCGGGACUAGUGGAAAAGCUCAUGCAGCAGUUGAGUGAUCUCAAGGAAAUGAAUAUGUGCCCUGUGUGUUUGGAUCGAUUAAAGAAUAUGGUGUUUAUGUGUGGGCAUGGAACGUGUCAGCUGUGCGGUGAUCGCAUGGCCCCUGGCCAACCUUGUCCUAUUUGCCGUAAACCAGUCGCACACAAGAUAUUAUUGUAUUAGACCCAAACAACGGAAUCAACAAUAUUCAUAUGAAUCUUCUACUGAUCUUCUAGACAUAAUACCAUAACCAUUUAUUUUAAAUUCUUAUUAUACUUUCACUAGGUUAGAUGAGAUUUUGGAGAGAUCAUAUCUAGUGUUGUAUCAAUUUAUUAUUAACUAUUCAAUUUUUAUUUUAUUUUUUUAUUGAAUUUAUCACAUCCAUAGUUCAUUGUUUACUCUAUACUGUAAAUUGAGUUUGCAAUUUGUUUUCUCCAAUUAAUCCCAAGCCAUUGUCAAACAUUUAAAACAAUAUUAGUAACUUAUUGUAUGACUAAAAUACAUGUUGUUUUGUGUGUUUUUUUUUUUUACUCGGUCAUACAUAAUUAUAGA